AUGCAGUCAGAUAAGAUGUACAGUAAUAAGGUUUUCAAAACAAAGACAUUUAAAGAACAGUACAAACAUAUAAAAUCUCCUUUUGUUACUUUCUUUUUCCAAGCCUUCACUGCGGUCCGUGAGGUCUUUGAGGAGACGGGAGUCCGCUCAGAGUUCAAGUCCCUCCUGAGCAUCCGGCAGCAGCACAACCUCCCAGGUGCUUUUGGUAUGUCCGACAUGUACAUCAUCAGCACCCUCACAUACGACAUCAACUUCUGCACCCAGGAGUGCCUGCGCUGUGAGUGGCUGGAGCUAACCAAGACUAGCUCCACUACUCCUAUCACUAGCCGCCUAGCCAGGCUUCUGCUUCACGGCCUGAACCAGGGCUUCGACAAGAUUGACCUGGCUAUGGAGGAGCUGCCAGCUGUCUACUCAGGGAGGUUCUACCAGCUGUACCACAGGGUGCUGCCUCCAGGACCUGCCUAGCCUAGUGCAUCGAUGCUAAUAGCACGAACACGUCAAUGCUAGUCAUAUGAGCAUGUGGAUGGUCUUUCACCAUAAUACUUGGAGUGUAUAUUUAUGACAGACUGGAAUAGGUUUUUCUGAACUGUUACACGGGAAAGAGGGUGUAGCCAAUGGUACCGAUGAUGAUCACUGUAAAGGACAUUUUUCACAAAUCACAAGACCUCUUGUCUGUAAAGAUAAAAAAUAUACACAAUUUGAAGAAAUAGGCUACUCUGUUUGGGAAGAACUCAGGGCCUCUAAGUUCUAAAAUUAAAUGAAUCAUUCAUAUGUUAAGAUUGAGAGGUGCAAUAUCAUAUACUGUAGUAUUGUACUAGGUAUACUGUUUGUUUUGCAAUGCUCGAUUUAUCUUUGCCAACCCAAUGUUCUAUUUAAAAGUUGUAUCAAGUAGAGUUCUGGGCAUGACCAAGCUAACCUGUGCU